AUGCUCACGCUUGAUGAACUUGAAGUAAAAUUACCGGAGGAAGAUACAAGGAAAACGACGGACAACGCGAACCCAACGGUAAAGAGGCACUAUUUUCAAUAUCAACCUAAUAUUAUUGUUUUUGUUAGUUUAUUGAUUUAUAUUAUGUUAUUAAAUUUGUUUGGUUUAUUGCCUUAUGUUUUUACUGUUACUAGACAUAUUUCUAUUAAUUUGAUUUUGUCUUUAUCUUUGUGAUUGGGUUUUAUUUUUUAUGGUUAUUUGAAUAAACCAACUAUAGUAUUUAGGCAUCUUGUUCCUAAGAAUACUCCUAGGUUUUUAAUGAAUUUUAUAGUUUUAAUUGAAUUUGUUAGAAAUUUAAUUCGGCCUUUGACUUUAUCUAUUCGGUUGACAGCUAAUUGUCAGUUAUUGUUCAGUAAUUGUGUAAACUAA